AUGUCGGUGGAGAAGCCACAAGAAAUGUUUGCAUUUGGGAGACUGAAUGACUAUAGCCGUAUUCUUGGGGCAUCUUCACUUCUUCUGGUCUUUUCCUAUCCUCUGAUGAAAAGGUUCACAUUUUGGCCUCAGGCAUAUCUUGGCCUGACAUUCAACUGGGGAGCUUUAUUAGGAUGGGCUGCUAUUACAGAAAGCUUAGAUCCCUCCAUCAUCCUUCCAUUGUAUUCUGCUGGUAUAUUUUGGACACUGGUAUAUGAUACCAUAUAUGCACAUCAGGACAAAGAAGAUGACCUCAAAGUAGGAGUUAAGUCCACAGCAUUAAGAGUUGGAGAUUUUACCAAGUACUGGAUUAGUGGCUUUAGUGCCGCGUGCAUUGGCAGCUUAGCACUGAGUGGCUACAAUGCUCAACUUGGUUGGUGUUUACAUGCAUGGCCCUACUAUCCUUUUCUGACAGCUGCAGCUGCACAGUUAGCAUGGCAGAUUUCAACUGUGGGCUUAUCUAACCGCUCAGAUUGCAACAGGAAGUUCGUGUCCAAUAAGUGGUUUGGAGCUUUGGUGUUUGGUGGAAUUCUAUUUGGGCGUCUUGUAUCAUGA